AUGCCGGCGACGCUAGUGCAGAAGAGGGUGCAGCGGAUGCACAGGACGAUGAGCAGUGGAUUUGCGGCGCCGCGUUUUUUCAAAUCCGCAGCAAGCACAACACAGCGUUCACAGGCGGUGGAGGGCGAGGCAAACCAACCCCUUGCGGGGACGCCUGCUGGGCCGGAUGAGGCCGAGAAAGCGGUGGCGGAGGAAUCGGAGGAAGAGAGUUGCGACUACGGGUGUGCUCGGCCGAAGGCAGCAGCGCGCGUGUCCGCGGCAGAGGACAGCGGUAGCGAGUCCCCGACUUCAGCAGAGAAGUCUGCGAUAGAGGCAGCAGCAGCCAUAGUGCCAGACGCUGAAGACCAAGAGGCGGCUCCUCAGGAGGACGGCGAAGCGCAGGCGGCCACGGCUGACGCCGACGUUGUGGAUGACUCCUCCGACGAGGCAACAGCAGAGAAGGGGGGCGGGGGGGAGGCCGUGGCGUCAGCGGGAGCAGCUGACGAAAAACAAGGCCCCACGGAUGAGAGUCUCCUCGAGGCGAUUCGUGGUAUUCCUGGGGAGGUGGAGGAUAUUGGGAAGCUCACUGCCAAGCAGGUGAUCGCCAUGCUCGAGAAACGUUUCUCGUGCUCGCUGGAGCACCGCAAGAAGUUCAUCAAGGCGGAGCUCGUGGAGGUCGUGCAAGCUGCUCUAGGCGACGGCGAAUCUUCCUCCUCCUCGUCUUCUGCCUCAGACAGCGAUGUCGGUGAGGCUAGCGAGGGCGAACAGCAAGAGGGGUCGUCUUCGCCCGAAGAUUCCGACGACGAGGCGACGGCUGCUCUCGACAAGGAAUCCGAUCAAGAAGGGCAGAAGAAGCAGCAGCCGACGUCCGACCAAGACAGCAGUGACAACGGACUGGAGUCGUCCUUGUCCGACGAUGCCGGCGAGCUGGAGGACAUGCCGGUGAUGCCCCGCCCCGACCCCCGCAAGACCUCCGCCCGGAGAGCGCUCGCGAAGGCCAAGGUGAAGCGCGCCAUCCGCCGUGCGAAGACGGGCACCGUUAGCGGCGGCGGCGGCUCCUCCUCCUCCGAGAGGUCGGCCGCGGCGUCUUCAUCAGACUCGGACACGGCAUCGGUGGCAUCCGGUACCAGCGGCAGCGGCAGCGGGCACAAGCGCACGAAGAAGCCGGCUCAGCGCAGGAACAGGAAGAGCAGUGGCGGUACCCCCUCCUCCUCCUCCUCCUCCUCUGACGAUGAGGGCCCCGGGUCCUCUGAUGCUGCAGCCGGCAAGACCAAGAAGAAGCCGGAGGGUAGCAAGGGUAAGAAGAGCAAUGGACGGGGGGCAAGCGCGAAAGCUACGAAGAAGAUAACGAAGAAGAUAACGAAGAAGAAAGGGGCGGCGGACGAGGGCGGAUCGGACUUGGUGGAUUCGGACGAAGGAAAGGAGGAGGCCGGAGUGGAGGGUGCGGACGAAGCGCCUUCGAAGGUCGUAAAGGCUGUGGUCCAAGAGGAGCUCGACGACGCCAACGAGAAGAAGGCGGCGGAGAGGAAGAAGGCCGCGGCCGAGCGGCAGCGGCAGCUGGACGCUCUCCGCGUCAUGAACGCGGCGCAGCUCAAGGAGGCGACGCGCGCGCAGCAGGGCACCCUCCUCGCCAAGAUCAAGGAGCGGCAGGACGCCCUCCGCGCCGCAAUCGUCGCCAACGCCAAGGAGGAGCUCAAGUCCCUAAGGGCGGAGGCGCGCAAGGCCGCCGGCAUCACCGAAGAGGAGGAGGAAGAGGAGGAAGACGAUGGGGGAGGGGAGGAGAAGGGAGAGGUGGAGGGAGGAGCGGGAGGGAUGGAGGUCGAGGGGAUGGUAGAGAAGGAAGAGCGCGCCGUCGCGGCGGCGGCGGCGGCGGCGGAGGUAGCAGAGGGCGGGGAUGAAGGGGAAGAGGAGGAAGAGGAGGAGGAGGAGGAGCAGGAGGAGGAGGAGGAUAGCGAUUUCGCCAUGAAGGCGAAGGGUCCUACCAAGGGCGCCCUUGGCCCUGCGGAACAAGGCAGCGCGUCCGGCGAGAGCGGGUCGUCUGACUCCGACUCGGAUGACUCUGAGGCAUGCGGUUCAGCUCCCCCAAGGCCGCCGACAAGAGCCGCAACGCAAACCGAAAGAGGCUGGCCGCGAGCGCGCGCACCGUCGCCAGCGACCGCUGGGCCGCGCAGCUGGGUUUCCGGGACGGGCAGGAGCAUAUCCGCGAGCUCAAGACUGCUUCGCAUGGAAAGGGGAGGGGGGUCGACGGGAAGGUUCAAGGAGAUUGAGCGCCGACGGGAGGCCCACAAGGAGCGGGAGCGCAAGAAGAAGGAGACCGAGGCGCUCGCGGCGCAGCUCCUGGAGUACGCCAAGCACGCCGACGAGGACGAGGAGGAGUUCGGGGCGACGGGCGAAACGAGCGGCGGCGCGGCCGCUUCGACCGCUGCCGAUGGUGACCGCGAGGAAGGCGCUGCACCACAGGUGGACGCUGGUAGCGCCGCCGCCGCCGUCACCGCCGGCGAGUCCACGGGGACCACCACCACUGCAGACGGCUCCUCGUCAUCAUCGUCAUCUUCGUUGUCAUCACCAUCGUCCCCGAAGAAAUCCGACUCGCAGGGCGUGAGCUCGACGGCCGCCGAGCCCACGGCGGAAACCGUCCCUGGGGGGUCGACCGAGGCGAGCCGCCAGGAGGAACCAAUCGCCGCUUACGAAGCCGUCGAGUCCGCCAAGCAGCAGAACGAGGAGCGUGGCGAACCCAAGCCCUCGCCUGCGGAAGGUGUUGCCGGUGUACCCGAGCCGGCUUCCGGGGAUGGGGACAAACCCGGAGACGCUGCCACCGGUACGGCCGCUGCUUCCGCGGCGCCGACCUCCUCGGGAUCUCCCGUUGCCGCCGCCGCCGUUACAGCGGCUGCGCCGGUUGUUGUGCCACCCGCCCCCGCGGCUCCCCCGAUCCCCCGGCCUAAGAUUGUGCGGACCUACGGACGCAAGCAGACCAGCCGAGGCUCGGAGGAUGCUGCGGACGGGGAAGGCUUCCUGGCGGGGUCGGCGGCGCCAGGGGGGGCACCCGGGGGACGAGCCGCGGACGGGCCCGCCGCCGGCGCGGGCGGGAAGAAAAGCACCAUGACGGCUGAGUCGCAAGCUCUCUGGGAGGAGGAAGAAGACGAGGAGGGGGAGGAGCUACCGGCGUCACCGAGGGCAGCGGGAGCGAGCCUGGCCGAGGACAGCUGCACCUUCUCGUUGGCGUUGGACGACUUCAGCGACGAUGACGGGGGGCGUGCGGCGGAGGAACCGCGGCCCACGGAAGACGGCAGUGCCGCUUCCCCGGUGUCGUCGUCGCCAGCACCGUCCAAGCCUGAUGAUGAUGAUGAUUAUGAUGAUGGGGGCCACUCAGAGGCGGGUACGAAGCGUAAGCUCGAACCGCCGGCAGGAGACGGCAGCAGCGACGACGCCGCGGACAGCGGCGUGGCGACGGAGACGGCGAUAACGGAAGCACGUACCGCCUCGGGAACCUCGCCGACCGAGGGGGACAGCACGGCUCCGGCUGCGGCUGCGGCUGCGGCUGCGGCUGCGGCUGCGGCUGCGGCUGCGGCGGCACCGGCGACAGGGUCUUCCUUCGUGAAGAAGAAGCUCAAGGCCGACGGCGAGCUAGAAACGGCGCCGACCCAGCCCAGUCUGUCGAACUUCUUCCAGAAGGGCGCUGGGCCGGCGUCGGCUGCGGAAUUAUCAGCGGCGGCGACGACGGCAAUGAUGCCACCCUCGAAGAAGAAGAAAACGGGAAUCGCGGCGUUCUUUGGCGACAGCGGCAACGACGUCCCGGCGGCUGCUCCCGAAGCGGUAGUUCCGGAGGGGACCCCCGAAGGUCGGUCGACGAUUGCCUCCGACGAGGCCGGUGAUGGCGAUACGGUUUCGGUGGCAGCCGCGGCAGCAGCAGGCACGAAGGAGACCGAACCGUCCGCUGCGGAGAGCAAGAACAACCCAGCAGCCGAGCCCGUCGCCGCCGCGCCAGCGGCAGCAGCAGAAAAGGAGAAGGAAGACGCCGAUGGGGGUGCGGCAGACGACGAGGCAGAGGAGAACCAGGAGGAGGAAGAAGAAGAACCUAAGGAGCCCAAGGACCGUUCCGCGAAGUAUCGGGCGAUGCUCGAGGCGGAGCGGGCCGCCACCAAGAAGGCCAAGAAGCUCCGCAAGUCCGGGAUGAUGGACGACGAGGCCGAGGAGGAGGAGGAAGAGGAGGCCGUCCGGGGGCUCGGCGACUUCGGUUUCGGGGUGCCGGCCGGAGGGACGGGAACGUCGGCGGCCGGCGGUGCCAAGAAGGGCGACGACGAGGAGGAUGACAUCGACGACGAGAUUCGGGAAGAGGACCUCGAAGGCAUUGUCGACACCUUCUCCGACGACGAGGGGGACAAGGCCGCCCAGGACACCUACAUCAACGACGAGAACGCCGCCGGCGACCGGCGGGAGCUGAAGGAGAUGGUGAGGCGUGUGCGGGAGGGCUUCGGGGAAGAGCGCGGCGGCGGGCGCGGGCGGGGCGGCAACGCCCGCGGGAACCUCCGUCUCGACGAGCUGACGAGAGCCGACAAGAGCACGCGGGGGGAAGCGAGGCGGCUCGGCUUGCUCAACAGCGAUGAGGAAUGGAGCGAUGACGAGAAGGCCGAGGACGCCAAGGGAGGGGCGGCGAAGGACGACCUAGAAGAGCUGGACGAGCUGCAGCUGGGCGAGCUGCUUGCCAGGGAGCAACGCGCAAGGCACAUGGGGCUCAGCCAGUCCGCCGUGGAGUGCCUGGCGUCGUCUGAGAGCGAGGGGGAGGACGACGACCCCGCCGAUGGCGACGGCAAGAACGAGGGUAAGGAGGAGGAAGAGGAGGACCGGAGAGAGGAGGCCCGCGUGCAGAAGCUGUGGGUGAAGAGGGCCAAGCGCAGGAGGGUGUUGGCGGAGGUGGAGCAGUCCGCGGCGGGGGGGGACAGCCAGGGGCCGGAGCUUCUCAUGCAGGAGGACGAAGACUCCCAGGCCAUUCUCAGCCUGCUCCAGUGCACCAACAGCCGCCUCGGCUUCUCCGCUUCUACCGGGGGAGGCGGUGUUGCCAGCGGGGACGGUACGGCCGGGGCCGCGGCGGCGGCGGGAGACACGGGCGGGAGUAGCACCACCGGCGGCGGCGGUGGCGGCGGCGGUAGGCGGCGGGCCCGCGACGAGUACUCGGGCGAGCUAGACGCUAACGAGGUCGCGAACGGCUUUGGGAUGGGCAUGUCUUCAAAGCUCCUGAAGCGGGCCAAGAGCGACGGCACCGAGCCGACGGACGUGACCAACGCCGAGGCCCGCGCGCGCAUGGACCGCGCCUUCACCAUGCCCCAGUUCGUCACCUCAAGCGCUGGGUAUGCGGGCUCAGCACGCGCCAAGAAGGUUCAGCGCCAGGGCUCGUUCCUGUCGCGGUCGGGCAGCUUCCACUCGCGCUCCGGCUCCCUCGCGUCCGGCAAGACCACGGUGUCCGCCUCCAAGUUCGUCUUCAUGUCCAGCGUUUCUGGUGCCGCCGCCGGCGGCGCUGCCGCCGACGACAACUGCGCGCGCACCGGCUUCGAGGAGCCUGCCGCGAGAGACGUUGGUGCUGGAAAAGAGGGAGGGGAGGGGUGGAGCACGAGCCGUCCGCCCUUUUCCGCGUCCGGUGCCAACUCUGCCGCCGGGAAGAAGGCCAGGGCGGGGGCGUUCAGUGGCAUCAGCGCGCUGAAGAAGGGGAAGGGGGUGGGGAACCCCGGGGGUGGCGGCGACAAGGGCAGGUUGUGGAAGGGGCUGUGCGCGAGCGGGAAGCAGAAGGCCCGGCGCUGA